UAACAGCGUUUGCACCAUCUUACUGAUUUCUGCUCCAAGUAUUCAAACGAAUGUAAAAAUCCAACCACAUUCCCCUGAAAUGUAACAGUUUGCUUCCUGUUUUCCUCCCAGAUUCCCUCCCAGGACGAGCCAAUGAGCUGUUAGGUAUCAGUAGACGUGGUGGACUCUAGCAGGGACCUGAGAGGUCAAAGGGGACGUGGAGCUGGAUGUGUGAGAAGGAUUCAUGGGCCUGAAGGACCAUCUGGAGGAUGGAACAGGCCACAUCCUCAGCGUGGGGCUGGAUCUGGACUAUCUCCAUGUGGAUGGUACAGACAGGCAGGCUGGUCCAGGUGUUACCAAAGCGUCUGGAGUCUCACGAGUCCACGGGUGUUCCCAGAGCAGGAGCAGUAAAAGUGUUGGUGGGAGUACCAUCAGUCUGAGUACAACUUCAGGCUACAGCAGCAGCUGCAGCAACGUUUCAGAGGAGAGUGCCAUCUCUGACACUGAAGAUGAGCGACUUCACACUAGAUCAGAGUUUGGAUGUAAAAACUCAAACCAGGAUCAGGUGUCUGCCUCAGACUGCCGACCGCUCAGGCUGGACCUGGCACCAAACCAGUUCCCUGAAGAUCCACCUCAGUCCAAAGCCUCCUUUUUGUCAGACCCUGCCUCGGACUGCCGCAGCAAGGUUGAGUUUGCUCUUAAGUUAGGUUACUCUGAGGAGCUGGUGCUGCUGGUUCUGAGGAAACUGGGCCCGGACGCACUUAUCAACGACAUGCUGGGAGAGUUGGUAAAACUGGGAACCAAGACAGAGAUGGAUCCACAAAGAAGUCCAACUGUGUCCCAGUCUCCUUCCUCCUCUUUGUGCUGCUCCUCCUCCUCCUCCUCCUCUAACUCGUCCCUGGAAUCCUUCCGGCUGAUGUGCCCGUCCCCUCUGCUGGAGGACAAAGACAACCUUCGGCCUGUGGUUGUAGAUGGAAGCAACGUGGCCAUGAGUCAUGGGAAUAAGGAAGUGUUCUCGUGCCAAGGCAUCCAGCUGGCUGUUGAUUGGUUCCUGGAGCGAGGUCAUCGUGACAUCACAGUUUUUGUUCCAGCCUGGAGAAAGGAGCAGUCACGACCUGAUGCUCCAAUCACAGACCAGGAAAUUCUGCGACGACUGGAGAGAGAGAAAAUCCUGGUUUUCACUCCAUCGAGACGCGUUCAGGGUCGCCGUGUGGUUUGUUAUGAUGACAGGUUCAUUGUCAAACUGGCCUACGAGUCAGAUGGGAUCAUUGUAUCAAAUGACAACUAUCGAGAUCUGGCCAAUGAGAAGCCAGAGUGGAAGAGUUUUAUCGAUGAACGCCUGCUGAUGUACUCCUUUGUAAACGACAAAUUCAUGCCUCCAGAUGACCCACUCGGACGCCAUGGUCCAAGUCUGGAGAAUUUCCUGAGGAAAAGACCUGUUGUUCCUGAACCCAGAAAACAACCCUGUCCUUAUGGGAAGAAGUGCACCUAUGGCCACAAGUGUAAGUUUUUCCAUCCAGAAAGAGGCAGUCAGCCCCAGCGUUCUGUGGCUGAUGAACUCCGAGCCAGUGCCAAACUGUCUUUAGUCUCUUCCAGAGGCUUGUUGGAACAUGCUCUGAUGGCUAAGAGCCAAAGUACCAGUCAGUCCGAAGAAAUGCCAGAAACUGAACCAGGACAGGGCAAUAAACUACCAAACCAGAGUCCUCAAAGGUCCCUCCCUGAUCUCAUGGAGGACAAACUUCAAAUCCUUUCCAAAGCAGAAGGCUUUAGAGGAAGCAGCAGCCAUCCGACGUCAGGGGUCCCCCUUUUAUCAGGGCAUCUGGACCGGUGGGAACAUCUCCGAGACUGUAAUGAUGGUGGGUCUAGACUUGAAGAAGCCUCUGGAUCAAGCCAGACUGACUCUUACUACAGAUGUAGGUCUCCAGAGGUGGUCUAUAGCUCUCUGGUAAACCCUUAUUCAGGUCUCAGGUCUCAGACCCCAGAACUUCUCCUACCAACUGACCUGUCAGCAGGUCUAUCAUCGGAUUGUAGCAGCAACGACAGUCCAGGCUCAGACUCUUUCUCACCUGACUCAAUGUCAGACAAUAGUCCCAAGUGCCAGCAUAACCAUCCUCAUAACCAUCGUCACUAUCCUAAUCAGUUUGUCCAUGCUAGAAGUCAGGUUUCCUCUGGACCGGGUCAACAUCCUCCUCCAGGAUAUAAUGUUACUUCAAGAGUGCAAAGACCAUACACACCUUUGGUUACGCCUCAUACACCUCCACAUCCUCACAAGAACACCCUGUCCUACAUCCCCACCCAGCUCCGGCGGUCUUUGUUCAAGAGUUUUCCAGAAGAAUUAACCUCUCACUCAGCCCAGACCUAUACUGCCCACUCUCAUCCAAAGAGCUCCACUUUCAGUUGCAGUUUGAUGCCCUUGCAAGAAGGUGAUCUUCAGGACUCCAGAGGGUACAAUGAGUCACCGUUUUAUUCUAAAAGAAACUACUUUGGGCUGAACCAGCAACCUCAGCAUCAGGUUCACUGGGACUCUAAUUAUCCAGCUUCCCCUCAGCCUGGCUAUGAUCUGUUUUCCUACAAGAGCUUUCCACCUCUUCAUGGGAAAGGUUGGCACUCUUCUUGGGGUCAGCAGGUCUACUCAUCCCCCUGUGGUCUUUCCUCAUCGCUCCAACCACCGUCCCUUCAAUCCAUCCCUUCCCAUAAGAACCACCUGAUCUCUGAGCCUCAGUAUUUGGAGAAUCGUGCUCUGGGUCAGUACCAGGAUUUAAGGGACAGGAUGUAUGUUAACUUAUGUGGCAUCUUUCCUCCAGAUUUGGUGCGGAAGGUCAUGACCAAGAACCCUCAUGUGAUGGAUGCCCAGGAACUCGCAGCUGCAAUUUUAUUGGAAAAACUGCAGCAUGUUUCAUAAAUGCAGAAGAUAUUUACUGUAAACAAAGCCUUCAGUCAGGUUGGGUAUACCAAAAGCAAAAGCACGAGUCAGAUGAUUCCUUUGGCUUUCGUUGGAUUCUGUGUUUUUAUUUUAGGGAAGGUGGUAUUUUUCCAAAUUUGUCAUGUUUGUGUAAAAUGACCUCUUAUUUCAGCACUUAAAAUGAGGAAAGGUUUGGGUUGAACCUGUCUGUUGUGAGUCAAAUGAAAGUUUAAAGAAGGUUAGAGUGGGUUUAAGAGCUCAUUUUGUUAUAACAACGCAUUAUGUCAUAAUGUAAUAAAAUCAGGCUUCAAAACAUAAUAAACCCUCAUUAAAACUGCAUUAUGUAAUA